AUGGAGCAGUCAGUGCUUGUACCACCAGGACCAGACAGCUUCCAAUACUUCACUAGAGAGUCUCUUGCAGCUAUUGAACAGCGCAUUGCUGCAGAAAAAGCCAAGAACCCUAAACAAGAUCGCAAAGACGAUGAUGAAAAUGGGCCAAAACCAAACAGUGACUUGGAGGCAGGAAAGACACUCCCCUUUAUAUAUGGUGACAUACCUCCAGGAAUGGUGUCUGAGCCCUUGGAAGACAUGGACCCAUAUUACAUCAAUAAAAAAACCUUUAUAGUAUUGAAUAAAGGGAAGGCAAUCUUCCGAUUCAGUGCCACCUCUGCCCUGUACAUUUUAACACCCUUCAACCCUCUUAGAAAAAUAGCUAUUAAAAUUUUGGUACAUUCAUUAUUCAGCAUGCUUAUCAUGUGCACUAUUUUGACCAACUGCGUAUUUAUGACCAUGAGUAACCCUCCAGACUGGACAAAGAAUGUAGAGUAUACUUUCACUGGCAUUUACACAUUUGAGUCACUAAUAAAAAUCAUUGCAAGGGGCUUUUGCUUAGAAGAUUUUACUUUUCUUCGAGAUCCGUGGAACUGGCUUGAUUUCACUGUCAUUACCUUUGCGUAUGUAACAGAAUUUGUAAACCUAGGCAAUGUUUCAGCUCUUCGAACUUUCAGAGUAUUGAGAGCUUUGAAAACUAUUUCUGUAAUUCCAGGCCUGAAGACUAUUGUAGGAGCCCUGAUUCAGUCUGUGAAGAAGCUCUCGGAUGUGAUGAUCCUGACUGUGUUUUGUCUCAGUGUAUUUGCACUGAUAGGGCUGCAGCUGUUCAUGGGCAACCUGAGGAAUAAAUGCCUGCAGUGGCCUCCAGAAAAUUUUACUUUGGAAACAAAUAUUACUUCCCAGCUAAACAGCACCAUAGGUGAAAAUGGUACAUUGCUUAAUUCAACAGUGACUCCGUUUGACUGGAAGGGGUACAUUGAAGAUGAAAGUCAUUUUUAUUUUCUGGAAGGGCAAAACGAUGCUCUGCUUUGUGGAAAUAGCUCUGAUGCUGGGCAGUGCCCAGAAGGAUAUACUUGUGUGAAAGCUGGCAGAAAUCCCAACUAUGGCUACACAAGUUUUGACACCUUCAGCUGGGCUUUUUUGUCCCUGUUUCGGCUAAUGACUCAGGACUUCUGGGAAAACCUUUAUCAAUUGACUCUUCGUGCUGCUGGGAAGACAUACAUGAUAUUUUUUGUUCUGGUGAUUUUUCUGGGCUCUUUCUAUCUGAUAAACCUGAUCCUGGCUGUGGUUGCCAUGGCCUACGAAGAACAGAACCAAGCAACAAUGGAAGAAGCAGAGCAGAAGGAGGCAGAAUUUCAACAGAUGCUGGAACAGCUGAAGAAGCAACAAGAAGCAGCACAGGCAGCAGCGGUGGCAGCAGCAGCAGUAACAGCAUCUGCAGAGUCCAGGGAGCCCAGUGCUGCAGGAGAAGCAGGAGGGCUCUCAGAAAGCUCCUCAGACGCAUCAAAAUUGAGCUCAAAGAGUGCAAAAGAGAGGAGAAAUAGAAGGAAAAAAAGGAAACAGAAAGAACAGUCUGGAGGAGAGGAAAAAGAUGAAGAUGAAUUUCACAAGUCUGAAUCAGAAGACAGCAUCAGAAGGAAAGGUUUCCGAUUGUCUAUUGAAGGCAACAGACUGACAUACGAAAAGAAGUAUUCUUCUCCACAUCAGUCUUUGCUGAGCAUUCGUGGCUCCCUGUUUUCCCCAAGGCGCAACAGCAGAACAAGUCUUUUCAGCUUCAGAGGUCGAGCAAAGGACGUAGGAUCAGAAAAUGACUUUGCUGAUGAUGAACACAGCACUUUUGAAGACAAUGACAGCAGAAGAGAUUCUCUCUUUGUGCCGCGCAGGCACGGAGAACGGCGCAACAGCAACAUCAGCCAGGCCAGUAGGUCAUCCAGGAUGCUGGCAGUGUUUCCGGUGAAUGGGAAGAUGCACAGCACCGUGGAUUGCAAUGGGGUGGUUUCCCUGGUUGGUGGACCAUCUGUUCCUACAUCGCCUGUUGGACAGCUUCUGCCAGAGGUGAUAAUAGAUAAACCAGCUACUGAUGACAAUGGCACCACGACAGAACCAGAAAUGAGGAAGAGAAUAUCAGGUUCUUUUCACGUUUCUAUGGACUUCCUGGAGGAUCCAGCUUUAAGGGAAAGAGCCAUGAGUAUUGCUAGCAUCCUCACAAACACUGUGGAAGAACUUGAAGAAUCGAGACAGAAAUGCCCACCAUGUUGGUAUAAAUUUGCAAAUAUUUUCUUGAUCUGGGACUGCAGUCCACAUUGGUUAAAAGUUAAGCAUAUUGUCAACUUAGUGGUAAUGGACCCAUUUGUUGACCUGGCUAUUACAAUUUGCAUUGUUUUAAAUACACUCUUUAUGGCUAUGGAACAUUAUCCAAUGACCGACGAAUUCAAUAAUGUACUUUCAGUUGGAAAUCUGGUCUUCACUGGAAUCUUCACAGCAGAAAUGUUUCUCAAGAUAAUUGCAAUGGAUCCUUACUAUUAUUUCCAGGAAGGCUGGAAUAUUUUUGAUGGCUUUAUUGUAACCCUUAGCUUGGUUGAACUUGGUCUUGCGGAUGUGGAAGGACUAUCUGUUCUUCGGUCAUUCAGAUUGUUACGAGUUUUCAAAUUGGCAAAAUCUUGGCCAACACUAAAUAUGUUGAUAAAAAUCAUUGGUAAUUCCGUGGGAGCUCUGGGGAAUCUGACCCUGGUGCUGGCCAUCAUCGUGUUCAUUUUCGCUGUGGUUGGGAUGCAGCUCUUUGGGAAAAACUACAAGGAAUGUGUCUGCAAAAUUGCAAGUGACUGUGUGCUCCCUCGCUGGCACAUGCACGACUUUUUCCACUCUUUCCUGAUUGUAUUCCGAGUGCUGUGUGGAGAAUGGAUAGAAACCAUGUGGGACUGCAUGGAGGUUGCUGGCCAAGCCAUGUGCCUUACAGUCUUCAUGAUGGUCAUGGUGAUUGGAAACCUAGUGGUACUAAACCUAUUUUUGGCCUUGCUCUUGAGCUCAUUUAGUGCAGACAACCUCGCUGUGACAGAUGAUGAUAAUGAAAUGAACAAUCUCCAGAUUGCUGUGGCAAGAAUGCAGAAAGGCAUAGAUUAUGUGAAGAGAAAAGCACGUGAAUUCAUCCAAAAAGCUUUUGUUAAAAAACAGAAAGCUUUAGAUGAAAUCAAGCCACUUGAAGAUUUAAACAACAAAAAUAGCUGUAUUUCUAACCAUACAACCGUGGAACUAAGCAAGGACCAUGACUAUAUUAAAGAUGCAAAUGGAACCACCAGUGGUAUAGGCACAGGCAGCAGUGUGGAAAAAUACAUAAUUGAUGAGAGUGAUUACAUGUCAUUCAUAAACAACCCAAGCCUCACUGUGACAGUGCCCAUUGCUGUGGGUGAAUCCGACUUUGAAAAUCUAAACACAGAAGAAUUUAGUAGUGAAUCAGACCUGGAAGAAAGCAAAGAGAAGUUAAAUUCAUCUAGUUCAUCUGAAGGCAGCACAGUUGAUAUUGGACUUCCUGCAGAAGAACAACCAGAAGCUGAACCUGAAGAAGCCCAGGAGCCAGAGGCCUGCUUCACAGAAGGCUGUGUAAGAAGGUUCAAGUGCUGCCAAGUAAGUAUAGAAGAAGGGAGAGGAAAGCAGUGGUGGAACCUUAGAAAAACCUGCUUCAGGAUUGUUGAACACAACUGGUUUGAGACUUUCAUUGUCUUUAUGAUUCUCCUCAGUAGUGGAGCUCUGGCUUUUGAAGACAUAUAUAUUGAACAACGUAAAACUAUCAAGACCAUGCUGGAAUACGCUGACAAGGUCUUCACUUACAUCUUCAUUCUGGAAAUGCUGCUGAAGUGGGUGGCCUAUGGCUACCAAACAUAUUUUACUAAUGCCUGGUGCUGGCUGGACUUCCUCAUUGUCGAUGUCUCUUUGGUUAGCUUAACAGCAAAUGCAUUGGGUUACUCUGAACUUGGUGCCAUUAAGUCCCUUAGGACACUAAGAGCUUUGAGACCUCUAAGAGCUCUGUCACGAUUUGAAGGCAUGAGGGUGGUUGUGAAUGCCCUUUUAGGAGCAAUUCCAUCCAUCAUGAACGUGCUUCUCGUUUGUCUUAUAUUCUGGCUAAUUUUCAGCAUCAUGGGAGUAAAUCUGUUUGCUGGGAAGUUCUACUACUGUGUUAACACCACAACUGAUGAAAGGUUUGAAGUCGACCAAAUCAACAAUUUUAGUCAGUGCGAGGAGCUCAUAAAAAACAAUCAAAGUGCCCGAUGGAAAAACGUGAAAGUAAACUUUGAUAAUGUAGGAUUUGGGUAUCUUUCUUUACUUCAAGUAGCUACAUUUAAAGGCUGGAUGGAUAUUAUGUAUGCAGCUAUUGACUCAAGAGAUGUGUUACAGCAACCCAAGUAUGAAGACAAUUUGUAUAUGUACUUAUAUUUUGUCAUCUUUAUAAUUUUUGGGUCUUUUUUCACCCUGAAUUUGUUCAUUGGUGUCAUUAUUGACAACUUCAAUCAGCAAAAAAAGAAGUUUGGAGGUCAAGACAUAUUCAUGACAGAAGAGCAGAAGAAAUACUACAAUGCAAUGAAAAAGCUGGGAUCCAAAAAACCACAAAAACCCAUACCAAGACCAGGGAAUAAAUUCCAAGGAAUGGUCUUUGAUUUUGUGACACAGCAAGUAUUUGAUAUCAGCAUCAUGAUUCUUAUUUGUCUCAACAUGGUUACCAUGAUGGUAGAAACAGAUGACCAGAGCAAAGAAAUGGAAAAUAUUUUAUACUGGAUUAACCUGGUGUUCAUUGUCCUUUUCACUGGAGAAUGUGUCCUGAAAUUAAUUUCACUUCGCCAUUACUACUUCACUAUAGGCUGGAACAUUUUUGAUUUUGUGGUUGUCAUUCUCUCUAUAGUAGGUCAGUGCCUAUUAAAAGACAGUGACCCCUUGUCAGUGACUGUGACUGUGAUAAGAAGAAACAACCUUGACAGGAGGUUACUGUUCUCACUACCAGCUGACACUGCUGAAGAGGAGAGAAAAAUGGCUACACAGACUGUAGGGACCAGUUAA